UAAAGUGGCACUAAGUAGAAACUCGGGAGAAAGUUUAAAAUCUGCAGGUUUGAUAAAAGUCUGUGAUUUAAAGUUUAGAUAAAGUUUCACCUGAGCGGAGUCUGGUCCAGGAGAGAAGGUGAAGAGAUCUCCCCGACAUCUGAGGCCUGUUCCUGCGUCAACCAGCCGCCUCCCUCCCCUCUUCAUUCCGGAGCUCCGGUUCUUAAGUGCAGCCCGACUCCCCGGUGCAGUUGAUCCGGGGAACAGGCAGCCACAGCCCGGGGAACCAUGCGCUCCUUAGCGGGACUCGCGGCCAUCGUGGCGGCGGCGAGCGUUUUCCUCUACCUGCUGUCUACUCAUCUUCCCCCGGGACCCGAGCAGCUCCAGGCCCGGGGAGAGGACCGGGGACAGGACCAGGGACAGGCCCGGGAGGUGUUUCCGUUCAGGCUGAAGUUCCCGUCGGACCUGGACGAGCUGCGGGAGCUCGCUGACAUGCUCAAGUUCUACAAGAGAGAACAUCACGGCUACGUCCUGCUGCUGUUCUGCAGCGCCUACCUGUACAAACAGUCCUUCGCCAUCCCCGGCUCCUCCUUUCUGAACCUGCUGGCCGGGGCGAUCUUCGGGCCGUGGGAGGGGCUGGUGCUCGCCUGCCUCCUCACCACGUUAGGCUCCACCUUCUGCUUCCUGCUCUCCGCUGCGUUUGGGAAGCAGCACGUUCUUCACUUCUUCCCCGACAAGGUGGCGCUGCUGCACAGGAAGGUGGAGGAGAAUCGUAGCAGUUUAUUCUUCUUCCUACUUUUCCUCCGUUUCUUCCCCAUGACUCCUAACUGGUUCCUUAACAUCACCUGUCCUGUCCUCAACAUCCCAAUGCCCAUUUUCUUCUUCUCUGUGCUCAUAGGUUUGAUUCCCUACAACUUCAUCUGCGUCCGAACGGGCUCCAUGCUGUCGGAGAUCUCCUCCAUGGACGACAUCUUCUCCUGGAGCACGCUGGCCCAGCUCCUCGCCAUCGCCCUGGUGGCUCUCGUCCCUGGAGCGCUGAUCAAACGCUACAGCGAAGGUCACCUCAAGGUGGACGGCGUGGACGGGGUGGACGGCAGUGGAAGCAGUCGGGAGGAAGUCAAGAAGGAGCGGAAGAGGCGAUGAAGGAGAGAACCUCACUGGGACUGUCGGUGGGGAAGAAGCUCUCCGCUGGAGGGCACGUGACAUUAUGUUCACUCCAGAAACUUGAUGUUUUCAGGGUCAACACACGAGAGGCUCCUCAUUCAUAGUUAGAAAUAUCCUCAGGAAGAGUUACAGCAGACGUCUUCAGCCGUGAACUUUGGAGAAUGUCCACUUGUCUCCUUUCACAUGAAGGACGCAGCAGGAGCUUGUUCAUCUUGGAAUCUCGUCUUUGUUGCUGCUACGUGCAUGGCUCCUCUCUUUUGUCUCUUUUGUGUGUUUUGUGUUAGAAACAUAUUUUGUCCGAACAUGCUCCUGCUGUAUGCUCUUGUGGACUCACUUCACUCGGGGUAUCACAGGAGAAACUGAGGUGAACAUCCAAAGUCACCGACUUGGAGACUUUGCGUUGUCACCUGCAGCCGCUCCAGAUCAUUUCAGGAGAAUAUCAGUGCAGGUCUGAUCCAGAGUCAGAUUUGCCCUGAGGAUCCUUUGAUUUACAUUAAACUUAAGUCUUAAAAUGUACUGUGGUUGCUUUGGAGAAGACUCAGUAGUUUGUAUCUGGUCGAAUGUGCAGCUUUAAAAGGAGAAAUCUCAUUAGACCAGUUUCUUCUCUUUACACAUGUUCACUCAGUUUGUUAACGGUCUUGAAACUCCACUGGAAACCUGUUGUUUUGGUAUUUUUUGAUUUUUCUAAAUGUAAGGUCUGUUUUUCUUGAAGCACUCACUAUUGUGUCUUAAUGUCGCUGUGACUGCAGAUGACUUCUUAUAGAUGUGAUCUUCUCAUGAUCCUGAUCUGAAGGUUUGGGUUUGGAAUGCAGGUGCUGCCAUCUUGUGGUCAAGCCGCAGUAUCAAGGUCACAGCUGUCAAUCAUGAUGUUUAGUCGUCUAAUUGAAAAGCUAAUUUAUCCAAAACGUCAACACUUGAACGUAUUUAUCAGUGUUAAGAAGAAGUAUUUAACAUGUAUUUUGACUAUUUAGUUAAACCCAUGCCCCAAAUAUUGACAUGGAGGAGGCAGGGUUUAUGACCUAUACUGCAACCGGCCGCCAGGGGGUGAUCAAGAUGACUCACUUUUGGGGAGCUGUCUUUUUGUCUAUCUAGAAAUGUUCAACCAAUCAUGUUGUAUCCUCCUCAAGUCACAUAGUCGUACUACAAACUGUUUACUGAUGUUUCCUGCCAGCAGUUACACUUCUACACCUCUACCAGAACCAGCAGAGUGCCUUGCUCAGGAGCACUUUAACAACCCCUGUGGGAGAAGGUAACAAGUCUUAUAACACACAAUAUGGAUGUCGAGUUGUGUGUUAACCCUGUGGGAGUUGUUGUGUAUUAUUCUUAUCAUCAUGUAAAAGAUGAAACACUCUCUUAAUCUGUAGACAUCUGGAGAAGAUCCCAUCUUUUACUUCUGUGAACUUCAGACACUUGAUUUACUGUUUGAUUUGAUUAGACUGGAGUUGUACUUUAUAUUUCUGAUUCAGGAUUUUUUAAAGAAGGGAUUCUGUAAAAAGUUGACUUAAAUUUGAGCUUUUUAUAGAAAAUAGAAGCAUAUGGAGCAAUGUAUUUAUAUUUUGGUGAACAUUUUGAAAGAAGAGCAACAGUUUGUUUCAUACGUGCUUGACUUUUUACACAUCUGGAUCAUCUACUGUAUAUUUCAGUGGUAUCAAUAUGAACCUUACUUCAAGAUGAUCUUUAGUAAAAAUGUAAAUGUUUAUGUUUGGAUAUGAGGGUUACAGGGUAUCGUCAUGUUGCUGAGAGCUCGGUGGUUCCAGUGUUUUGUAAAUGUGAAAACGCACAAAAUACACAGUUUGUACUGUCCACUCCUAAAUGGCUUUGUGUGGGUCUAAUCCAACACUAAUAAAAUAUAUGAUAAAAUCUGUGACCUCU